CGCGACGCAACGCCAGGAGCGGCGGACGUCCUACUCGGCAGUAUACAAUCGGGCGUCUAACGAGGAACAUCUCCUCGACGAAAGAAUAUAACAGAAUAAUUUAUUUUUCGUUGACUACGAAGAGAGAAUUACGACGAGGAAGAGAAAGAACGAGAGUUUCUCUUUGGUCUUUAUUUUCUAAAUAGCAAAAGACAAAGAGACAAGGAAGAAGAAGAAGAAGAAACAAAGAUUAGAGAAACUGAAGAACACUAGUUCUUUUUUUCCUAAAAAGUGCAGAAAAAUUGGGGAAGAAGAAAAAGACACAUUGAACGGAUACGUAGUGUUUUUGUGCAUCAAUAACAAAAAAAGGAAGAAAAAAAAACAACAACGGAAAGAAAAGAAAGGACAGAGAGGAGAGGAGAGAAGAGGAGAGAAGAGAAUAUUAAAUAAACUUAUAGAAGAGAAGAAAAUCUGAAGGAACAUGUCGACCGCCGUCAUGACUACGUCCAUGUUCGAAUGCAGCGAGUCUCUUUUUAAGAACACGAGCUCCACGAAGAGCAAGGACACAUCAAAUGUAAACAGCGCGGUACCGAUUUCAUCGGGCAGCAGCAGUAACAAUGCAACAAACGGUGGUCACGCACCUCUACGUCGAAGUUAUACAUCAAUCGUAACGACGUUGAUCGAACAACAUCGUAAACUCGACAGGAGCGUUAGCGAACCAACGUCUCGUUACAAGACAGAACUUUGCCGACCGUUCGAGGAAAGUGGGGCCUGUAAAUAUGGGGAUAAAUGUCAGUUCGCACACGGGUAUACCGAAUUACGAAAUUUAGCUCGCCAUCCGAAAUAUAAGACUGAGCUAUGUCGUACCUUCCAUUCAAUUGGUUUUUGCCCGUACGGACCGCGGUGUCACUUUAUUCAUAAUUUCGAAGAGGCACGCAUACAUAAUCAAAAAGUGAGCGAUGAGAUAGGCUUACCUCAGCCAAACAUAAUGGGCCUUAAUCCGUUUCUGGCGGCUGCAGCAGCAGCAGCAGCAGCAGCAGCUAACAACGUUGGUACUACAACAAGUAACACCAACAACAUAAACAACAACAAUAAUAAUGCAGCAGCGGUCGCGGUAGCAGUUGCCGGAGCUGCUGCUACUAAUUCGUCUAAUAAUAAUAAUAACAACAACAACAACCCCGUUAAUUCAGCUAAUUUAAACGUCGGUUUACUCAAACAAAUUGCUGUUGCCAGUUCGUCACAAGAAGCAGCAGUUGCUGCAGUAGCAGCGGCCGCUAAUUCAUCCCAAAAUCUUAUUAGAACGAAUUCUCUGAGUUCAGCUUUUAGUUCUGCUAAUGCUUUUAUCCCGCCGUUACUGCGUACCAAUUCAUUAAGCCUGGGCUCGACUCAACAACAACAGCAACAGCAGCAACAUCAUCAUCAACAACAACAGCAGCAACAACAGCAACAGCAUCAUCAUCAUCACCAUCAUCAUCAUCGUCAAACGUGUGCCAAUGUUGUCAGGAGUAGUUCAAUCGUUGGAUCAACCAGGCCCAAACCUUUGAACCUCAGUCCAACUUUUUCACUUGGUAGUACAGCCGAUUCAGGUUCACCCCCAUCUAGUCUCAGUCAAUCUCCCACCAAUUCAAUGGCAAGUUUCUUUGGUGACGAACAAGGAAACUUAACAACUAACAACCUGUCGACAACGGCAUUCAGUUUUGGACAUAAUUUUGGAUUAAUCGAACCUAGACAAACACCAAGCCCGCACACGAACCUUUGCAGUUCACUCAGUUCCGAUGACAUUGUACCUAGAACCCCAUCACCAUUAUCACCUAACGCCGAAUCAAGGUUACCUGUAUUCAAUAGGAUCAGUAGCACCCUUGCUGACUUUGAAAAUCUUAAGAUUUAAAUUAUUAUUCUCUUAAAUGUGUGACGAGACUAUACUAACAUUUGUGCGUCUAUGUGUGUUUCACUUUUUGCAAACAUCGAAAAAAAACACAUAUAUGCGCCUUGGUUAUAUUUUCUCUCUCUCUUUUUUUUUUUUUUUCUCACAAACAAUCAU